AUGAGUCUUAUGAUUAUAAAGCGUGCAAUUCCGGAGGUGUUCAGGGGUGCUGUGUCUGAAGACACCACAAAUGCUAAAGAUUACCUUGCAGAAAUUGAAAAGCGCUUUGUUAAAAGUGAUAAGGCUGAAACAAGCACUAUUCUUAAGAGCUUGAUUUCAAUGAAGUAUAAGGGCAAUGGUAAUAUAAGGGAGUAUAUCAUAGAGAUGUCUAAUCUUGUAUCAAAAUUUAAGGCACUAAAGCUUGAUUUGCAUGAGGAUUUACUUGUGCAUCUCAUUAUGAUUUCUCUUCCGGUUCAAUUCAACCACUUUAAGAUCAGUUUCAACUGUCAGAAAGAAACGUGGAACUUGAAUGAACUAAUUUCUCAUUGUGUUCAAGAGGAAGAGAGAUUAAAGCAAGAAAGGACAGAAUGUGCUCAUUGUUAG